UGUUGUCGCAGUUUGGGCGGUUCGGUUGUUUUUUUGUUCCCGAUCUCGAGUUUUCUGGUCAUGGAGCGCCAAAUUUGAAUCCACUAGAAUAGACAGUUGGUUGAUUGUCGGAAAACUAAAACUAAUAUCCGCGACCCAGACGGUCUGUUGUCACUCGGUCAGACCAGACUCUUAAUUGAAUUAGGCUCAAGUUACAAGCGUUGUUUUUGUUUGAACGGAAGGUUCAAAAGGUGACCGGGUUGAUAAGUGUUUAUUAUUGAACGCUUAAGUGGAUUCAGAUAAGCUCGGGGGAGUUCUAGUUCUGAAAGAACAAUCAAUAAGUUCCACAGAUUGAUGAGAUGAGAUACCUGGCGGUACUUCUGAUGACCCGGAUGGUCUUCGGGAAUCUACUGGCCCUACACGAUACCACAUCCAGUGAAAAUCGGGCUUCGUCAGCGCAGCAAUUCUGUACCGAUCUGAACCCUCAGAAUGGGCUGGAUGUAGAGCAAAUUAUGGGACUAUGGUAUGGAAGCGAAGUAAUCACUCAUAUUGGCAAUGAAGACGGUGAAUUCAUCUACGAUACCUGUGUUGUCAUCCAUUUAGCAGAUGCAACAAAUGCGACAUUCCGAGGAGAUCACCCCCUAGCCCGGGAUCAAGAAUCAGAGCCUCGAUACGGACCAUCCUACGGGUAUCCGGGCGAUCAGAGUCAACCCACCCGGGACGAUCUUCGGCGUAGUCAAAACCAUCAGUAUCGACAACAGCAAUCGAACGCGCGCGCUCUGCGCUUGAUCUGGGACGAAAAAUCUCACACCCUCGAAUACAUCCUCCGAUACAACAGCACCCGGCCGGGUUUCUGGAUCUCUUCCGGUCCCCAGGUGGGCUCGAUGGUGCAGAUGCCGUAUGUGCAGUUCACCGGAACGGUCCAGGUGCUGAAAGCCAUCAACAACCAACUGGUGCUCACAUUCUGCCAGAGUCUUCCGGGAGGACAGCUUUUCUCGGUGGUCCUGUCUCGACAGCCGAUGAGCCUUUCUGCUGAAGAAAACCAAGCCAUUCGGAACUUGCUCAAGCGACGAUUGUUAUCAACGACGUCGGUACGGAAAGUUUGCUACAACGGAACGUCCAGAAUAUUCCAACCGAAGAUUUCAUCCUUGAUCCCCAGUGCCAUUUUGAUCCUGCUGUCUCUGUUAAUGUUCCGGAAAAACUAAGUCACUGCUAAAUCUGGCAACGGAAGAACAAAUCAUCCAGCAUCAUUCCAUCGAGAUACCUUUUUUUUCAACGGCUAGCAACCAAAUUCAACCUCAUCAAUGACUGUCUGUGUGUAAUUUAUUCAUUGACGUUUAGACCUAUUUGUGAUUUUUUAUCGGAAAUCCCGUGAAAGAUGUGUGUCCUAUUUUUAAGGAACGUGAUCACGUGUUUACGUGAAAACAACGUGUAGUCGCCAUGAGUCAAUAAAUUGUUUUCGCUUUUAAUAAAAAAUAUACCAAGAUUC